UCCUCCCGCGAGCUAGCAAGCUUCAAUGCAGCACAUGCUAGCUGCUAGCUGCUAGCUGCGUCAUUGUCCAAAUUAUAACUAUUAAAAAGUCAUUGUCCACAUUAAAACUAUUAAAUAGUCAUUGUCCAAAUUAAAACUAUUCAACCUUCACCUGGAACCAAAGAGCAAUAAUGAGAAGAGUAACGUUAUUUGUUAACGGCACGUCCAAAAAUGGCAAGGUUGUAGCAGUAUAUGGGGCCUUGUCUGACUUACUAUCUGUAGCCAGCAAUAAAUUGGGAAUGAAAGCCUCCUGUUUGUAUAAUGGAAAGGGAGGUCUCAUAGACGACAUUGCCCUUAUUAGAGAUGAUGAUGUGUUGUAUGUCUCAGAAGGUGAUCCAUUCAUUGAUUGUCAGAAUGAAGUGAAAGUGUCAUUCGACCAGCAAGGCGCUCACACCGACUGGUUGACCCUAAAUAUUGGUGGCCGUCUAUUCACCACGACAAGGAGCACGUUGGUGAGCAAAGAGCCAGAGAGUAUGCUUGCUCACAUGUUUGGAGAGAAAGAUGUGUGGGGGAACAAGCAAGAUGAGCAUGGAGCCUACCUCAUCGACCGCAGUCCUGAAUACUUUGAGCCUAUUCUUAAUUACUUGAGACAUGGUCAGCUUAUCAUCAAUGAGGGCGUGAAUAUACGAGGUGUUCUUGAGGAGGCUCGGUUCUUUGGAAUUGAGCAGCUUGCUGAUCAGUUGGAAGUGGUCGUGAAGGUAAGCAUUAAUUCGGGUUUACAGCAAAUAUCCUGUUAUCCCUUUGGAGUGUGCUUACUUGUCAUAUCCACUACUUCAUACCAGAACUCUCAGCCGCCUGAAGACCACUCUCCAAUUUCCCGCAAGGAGUUUGUUCGUUUUCUUUUGGCAACACCCACCAAGUCUGAGCUUCGUUGCCAGGGCCUUAACUUCAGUGGCGCUGAUCUGUCCCGGCUCGAUUUGCGCUACAUCAAUUUCAAGAUGGCUAACCUCAGUCGCUGCAAUCUGACACACGCCAAUCUGUGCUGUUCCAAUCUGGAGCGAGCUGAUCUAUCCGGAGCCAACUUGGACGGUGCUAACUUACAAGGUGUGAAGAUGCUCUGCUCCAAUGCCGAAGGAGCUUCUCUUAAAGGAUGCAACUUUGAAGAUCCUUCUGGGCUGAAGGCCAAUUUAGAAGGUGCCAACCUGAAAGGAGUCGACAUGGAAGGAAGUCAGAUGACCGGCAUCAACCUGCGGGUGGCCACUCUGAAAAAUGCAAAACUGAAGAACUGCAACCUGCGGGGCGCCACUUUAGCUGGGACUGAUCUCGAGAACUGCGACCUAUCCGGCUGUGAUCUACAAGAGGCUAACCUGAGAGGGUCCAAUGUUAAAGGAGCCAUUUUUGAAGAGAUGCUGACGCCGCUGCACAUGUCGCAGAGUGUCAGAUAACUCCUCACCCUCAUGUAGGUCCAGUUGGCUCUUCUCUCUUCCCUCAAUGUCAAGCUCUUUCUGCCUGCUUUUAGCACAGGUCAUUGAAUUGUAUGCACUUCCCUGGCAUUCCACCAAUAACAUGUUAGCUUUAAAUCUCUUACACUAUUUAUCCGGGUUGUCUUUUGGAUGUAUUUCAGUGACUGUUGUUGAAAGAUGUAUAUCACAAAGGAAAAUGUACAAGUGUCUGGGUUGUAUCCAGUGACUACAAUCAUUUAUUGUUUCAUAUGUAUGUUACUUGAAAUGAGCUGAUAAUAGGCGUUGAAAGCAGACUAUGGUUGCAGUCUCUGAAUGCUGCUUUUGCUGAGGCAGUACACCAAUGCUGUACUUUUCUCUUCAAGUAGCCUGCUGCACCGCACUAUAAACGCAAGCCAAAGCCACAGGAUAGCACAAUCUAAAAGGCUGAAAGAGCUGAGAAACUAUGCGAUUGGCGUAGACGUCAACACCGCUCGGGUAUGCAAUACUUUUCCUACACUCAAAAGCUUAUUCGUGUUUGUGCGCUCUGUGGAUCUACCUCCUUUUUCAUGUCAGUGACCCAUUUAGCAUGUAUUCACUGUUGUAUGUAGGCCAUAUCUCAACUUGUCACUUCAACACACUAAUUCAUGUUGUCACAUUCACGUUUGCUAUUAUUCUCUAUGUACAUGCUUUGAAUCUAUUUGCACAAAUAUAUUUUCACCAAAAAAAUGUCAAUGAUGUAAUCUUAUGUAUAUUCAAUCCAGUGCUUCCAACACCCCAAAAAACUGUAAAUAGGAAGAAGUUGUCCUGGUCCUGGACCGUGUAUGUGUGCAUGAGUGUACUUGUCUUUGAGCUCAGCGCUGAUGCAAUACUUUUUACUCCGUUUAACAGAAGGUACCCGGCCUGUGAGACCUUGUGUAUCUCACCAUGAGUGACAACAUCCAUGGAAGUGAUUCUAUUUAUUUGAAAACUUUGUGUAUAGAGUAAAGGUGGUUGUUGUUUUAUGUUCAGGAUUGGGGUUGUGGUACUUUGUGUCAAUGGUUAUUGCACUCCACUGUGGAAAUACUUUUCCAUUAUUUGACUGUUAUAAAUAAACUCCAUCGAAGAAGA